AUGGCUGGCGCAGCUGGUGCUGGUGCUGGUGCCGUCUGCUGUUUGCCGCCCACCGGGCUGGCUCCCUGGCUCCCUGUCUCCCUACACGGCCAAGUGCACGGGAAUGCGCUGCAACGCGGCGACGACGAAGGGGGCCAGCUGCUGCGACACACGGCGUCCCCCUUUGGCUGCCACCAUGGCCGCGUCUGCUCUCCAACGCUCCGUGCCAGAACCACGGCAGACGGCAUCCUUUGCACCACCGCGCCCAACGAACCCAUCGAGGGUCCAUCCAUCCUCUCGCCACCACACCCUCCACUGCCCAUCUCUCAAGGCCAACCGCCCACCUGCUCCUCUCCUCCAACUGACGCCUCAGCUUCACUGCUUUCCAUACAGCCUGAAUAUCGCCGCUUCCACAUUGGUCAGCUGCGUCUGUAUUUCUUGCACGCCCCACUUAUGAUUCCAACGCCAACGUGA